ACAUAAUAAUAAUAUAUUAAUAUUUAGUACAGAUCUAUAGUAUUUAGCGUAACUAACUAUAAGGAAUCAAGCAAUUACAAGUUACAACAUAUUUUAUAUUUUGUAAUAGCAAUGGGUCUAGACAACGAAAACCCAACAUUAUUUGAAAAAAGCGAAGAGAGAACAGUAAGUGAAAAAGAUUUGGAUGACAAUGAAGCUGAAGAGUUUGAUUCAAGGGAAAUAUUUGAUUUAAUUAGAGGAAUAACAGAUCCAGAACAUCCACUGUCCCUUGAAGAACUAAGAGUUGUUGAUCAAAGUUUAAUUGAGGUUGAAGAUAGCAUCAAUACAGUUAAGGUAUUAUUUACACCAACUAUCCCUCAUUGCAGUAUGGCUACAUUAAUUGGAUUAUCCAUUAAAGUUCGACUUUUAUGGUGUCUACCACCACGCUUUAAAAUAUCUGUUACCAUAACACCAGGUACUCAUGCAUCUGAACACGCUAUCAAUAAGCAAUUAGACGAUAAAGAAAGAGUGGCUGCAGCUUUGGAGAAUACACAUCUAUCAACUGUUUUAAAUAAAUGCAUAUCUACUGCAUAGCAGUAUGGCGUUGAGAUGUUACAACUAAAAGAAAAAUUAAUAGAUGUAAUUUGAUAGUACCUGAAGUCCUGAAAGAAGAAAUACAUUUUAUGUUGUAAUAUUAUUUUUGUAUAAAAAUUUCAUAUUUUAAUGUAUUUGUUUCUACUACCUAUUAUAAAUAUAACAAACUUUUAACUAUAUUAAAAAUAAAUACAAAUACUUAUUUAUUA